ACGGAUAAACUGCGAUGCGUUGUUGGUGAGGAAGAGUACGCAGUUGUGGUAGACGACUCCUAUACAUUUGUCGUAUGUCAGGAUGUUAAGGCUCCUAGAAGAGACAUAACAAAAUUGUAUCUUAAGUAUGAUGGUUCAAGAUUAGAUAAUACUGUCGAUAUAGAAGUAUAUAGCUGUAUUGACUUUAGUAGCAAUUGUGGAGUUUGCAAAUAUCAUAAGACUCAGGGAUACAAAUGUGAUUGGUGUGGCUCAUGCAAAACGUUAAUUGAUAGUGUACCAGAGAGAUGUCACCAUAGCGAUAUUGUUCAUUGUCAGUUAUCAGUAUCAGAGGUUUAUCCAUCCGCAGGGCCUGAAUUCGGUGGAACACUGAUUAACAUUUCUGGAGGUAAUAUUGGUAACCGAGGAGAUAAUAUUUCAGUUACCAUAAAUGAUAUCAACUGCAAAAAUGUGACAGUUAUAGAACCAUCUACUGUUAUCAGCUGUAUCACUUGUAAUGCAUCUGGAAGCACACAUGAUGGAGUAAGAGUCACUGUAAAUGGAGUCAUUAGCCCAUUAGCAAAACACAAAUAUACUUUUCAGAGUCAUCUUGAUUUAUUAACCUUCUCGCCGAACAGCAGCAUUUUGUCUGGAGGAAGAAAUAUAUCAAUACAAGGAACAAAUAUUGGUUUUAUGGGAAGUCGCUACAACAUUUCAUUUUGUAAUGACAUUAAGUGUAUACAGUGCAGAUUUCUACAAAUUGAGGGUGACCAUACUGUUUUAUGCAGUAUAGAUAGAUCUGACAGUGUCAUUACAUUAACAUAUCUUAGUGUUACUAUUGAUGGAAAUACUCAUCUUAACAUUAAAAGGGAAUUCAAGAUUGUUGUCGAUCCAUUAGUCGUAACCCUGUCUGUAGAGAGCACAAGUGUAUUUCGAAGUGGAGGAACAAAACUCAUAAUAACAGGAACUGGCUUUUUGGACGUAGGAAUAGUAAAAGUAGACACUCCAGAUGCUGAUCCAUGUACAAUUAUAUCCAAUACCAAUGUAGUAUGUAAAACUCCACCGUAUGUGAAAUCAGAUUUCGGAAGAUGGAAAAGGGCAGCUGUACAAAAUAUUUAUGUUCAUUUUGAUAAUUAUAGAUUGUCUAUUGGAGUAUUUUAUGUGGAUGAUCCACUGUUUGAGAAACUAUCAAAAGUUUAUGUAUAUGUUAAUAAUGCAGUCUUGGUAAUCAAGGGUCGUCGAUUAUUACAAGGAGCUAGACCUGAUGAUUAUUUCGUACGUGUAGGACUGGAUGGCUUAUGCCGCAUUUUAGAUAUAAACAAUAACAACAUCACAUGUCUACCGCCCAAAACCAAGCCUCGUACAAACACCGGCGAUUUUGCGUUUAUCAUGGUUGUCGUUGGGAACAUUAAUGAAUAUGUUGGAAAUUUACGUUAUGAUUCCUCUACCAGUGAAAAUAACAAAAAAGUUCCUUAUGGAGUAGCAGGUGGUGUAAUUGUGGUGGGAAUUGUGGUCAUCAUAUUGCUCGUCGUUAUUAUGUUUCGACGCAAAAUAAAAAAGAAAAUGGCCAAUACCACCACUGAAUUGAACGAAAUCAAGAAAGAAAUUAGCAAGACGGUCGCCAAACUGGAUGGAUUGUCUGCCGGUUCAAUGAACUUAAGGACAGAAUUUGUUGAGCCUAAUGAGUCAGAUUAUGCUGAAAUAAAUGGAGAGGAUGAAUUAAAUAGACAUACAAACAGACACACUGAUUUAGAUGUAGCUUCUGGAUAUGAAGAUCUCGGACAAAUGUCAGCAAACUAUCCGUAUAAUCAGCUACAACAGGCUACUAAUGAGUCAGAUUAUGAUGACAUAAAUGCAGAGGAUGUAUCAAAUAGACAUGCACAUAGACACACUCAUUUAGAUGUAAUUUCUGGAUAUGAAGAUCUCGGACAAAUGUCAGCAUACAAUCCUUAUAAUCAGCUACAACAGGCUACUGAAGAAGACCUUAAUCAAGAAGUGGCGAAUACUGAUUACCUAACAAGUAGACGACUAUCUUCUAAUGACUUUAGUGAAUCCGAGGAUUAUAUGGAACCGGUUGACACAACUGAUGCCAACAACAAAUUAAAAGUUCUGUCCGUAAACAACGAAUAGUAUCAACUCUAACGGAUUUGAAUAAACUUUCAAAAGAUGACAAACCUCAUCAAAAAUAAUUGAAUAUGUCCAUAUUAAAUAAGAAAUGUAUUUUUAUAUUUUAAAGAUUUGUUUAGCUUAUCUACGGGCUAUAUCCUACAUUAACCCAAAAACUAGAUUUUAAUUUCUAAAACACUACUGAACAUUAAAACCUUCAAAAUUUUCACUUUGCAAUGUUUCGAUACAGAUGUGGAUAUGUUAAAUUAACGCAUGAUCAUGAUUUUUUCUAACGUUCUUAUCUCUUACUCUCUGAAGAAAGCACAUUUUAAGAUUUCAUUAAAAUGUUUGAUGGCCAACGCGUAUAUACCUCAAUGAAACAAAUGCAAUGAUAGUCCGUACUAGAAUAAUAAAUUACGUGGAUCUUUUGCGUAUACAAAUGGAGUAAUGAGGUAAUCUUUAAGGAGACUGCAAAACCAUUCAGCAGAUAAAGUGUGAACCACAUAUGUCAACCUGCAGUUUUUUGUCAAAUUGCCAUGAAUAAAGUGAGGAUACAGUUUUCAGAAACUUACAUUUAUCUGUUUUAAGACAACUGACGUUAUUUCUUAUUUGAGGCAUGCACUAUAACAUAUGCCUGGACAGAAUGCGUUCCUAAAAUACUGAUGCCCUCUCUUUUUAACGAUGAAAAUUAUUUUAGAAAAAUCUGCACGGUAAUUAAUGUCUCUUUGACCGACCAUCGUCAAUUUUUGAUAGUAUGCCCUAUCUUCUAUAUUGUAUUUGUUUUCAUCGUUUUAGUGACCAUAGCGACAGACUUUUUUCAUUUACCGAAACACUAUCAAAUUCCAACUUCAGAAUUUGUAAAUUCAGCAUUCAUUCAUAGAAAAAAAAACUUUACGUCUAAUUUAAUUUUUCUAUUUUGUGAACUUUUUGUGAACUUUAACGUUUUUCGAAUAUGAAACAAUAUUGCUAAAGUGACAUAUAGGAUUUAUGGGCCAGGUGUAAAUAUCAAAUUGCUAUGUAUAUAAAUGUAUGUAGUGAUACGCAUAUAUACUAUUAUAUACACUAUAAUUAAUAAUUACUAACUUACUUACUCGUUUUGAAAACACAUGAAAUUUCUUGUCGUCUUUAAAGCAGUCUCAAUUUCACUUUCGGCAUCUGAAAAAUGUUGAUUUUAGUUGUCUAGUACACAAAUUUAUAACAUGAAAGCAGUAAUAGAAAAUUUAUGAUAAGUUUACUUUAUGCCUAUACAUGACACUGACGCGCAUAAAUAGAUAAAAUGUGCAUCUUGUGUUUGGUCUAAAAAUUGUUAGUAAAACAGUUUCCACCACCGUAUUCCGUGAAAAACGAUAUAUCUCCAUUAUCGUCAGUAACAUUUUAAAUAUUCAAAUUGCUGGCGAUUCUCACUAAAACUGUCCCGAGAGGAGAAAUAUCGUAUCACACUUGAUACAGUGAGUGUGUUUAUAUGUGUGCGUUGGAUACAUUGCUAUUUUUUUCAUGAGAUAUAAUAGUUAUCCUCAAAAAAUAUUUCAUCCAUGUAUGUCUUUUUUCAUAUCCAUUUGUAUAAUUUUGCUCCAUAUUCAAAAACAAUAAAACGUGCAUAUAGAGAUACACCAAUACGUGUUCUUUAAAUUAUUUUAUAAACUGACAAAAUUGAAACACGCAUUUUCUAUUGAUUUUUCAACGGCAAUAUGGUGCGCUGAAUAACCUUUGGAGUUUAUCUUUAAAGUAUAUGAUACAGAUUCCUUGCUCUUGCACCUGUGAGUGAAUAAAAAGUAUGCAAAGUGUACCCCGCCACUUUAUAUAAUGUAAAUUUAUUGGCACAGUUCAUCAAAUUAACUUUGUUAACAUGUAAAUUCAAUGAUUAAAUAGCGAAGAGGAGAAAUAUCGUAUCACACUUGAUACAGUGAAUGUAUGUUUAUAUGUGUACGUUUGAUACAUUGCUAUUUUUUCAUGAGAUAUAGUUAUCCUUAAAAAAUAUUUCAUCCAUGUUUUAGUUUUUUUUGCUCCAUAUUCAAAAACAAUAAAACUUGCAUAUAGAGAUACAUCAA